AAUGAAUUUUUUGCUUCUUUUAAUUUAUUAUCUGAAAAGACGAAAUACUCAAUUCUCCUAAAGAAUUGCCUACAUGCUUUAACUAUGAAUAUUGACUCGUCAGCUUCGUCAUCGACAAAUAAUGAUAAUAUUCACGAUCCCUCUGAUGUCUUUCUCGAAAGCUUUACCGGUAUUAUAAAAACUAAAGAUGUCGACAGAAUUAUAGAAUCGCAAAGGAGUAUGCUUGCUAGAUUUGAGAAAACAAAUGAAAUGCUCAUGACAUUUAAUCAAUUAUCUCACCUAAGAUAUCAGAGCAGUAUGAAUGAUUAUCUUAAACAUAAUCAAGUUUUAUUCACUUUGAAGAGAGAUUUGGAUUUUGUAUUCAAAAAAAUUCGACAUCUAAAGAGCAUCAUCGAAAAGAAAUACCCGGAUGCCUUCAGAAAUCAAAUUACAAGGACUCUGUCCGAAGAAGAUGAAAAUGUUUCUGUCGAGGACAGCUAA